AUGGCUCCUUCGUUCGACUGUACGAUCACGUUCGAUAACAAUUCCCAUGGUGUGUUUUUCGCCGGCCAGAAGCUCCGUGGGACGGUGGAUUUCACUCUUUCAAAGGCGAAAAAAGUGAAAGUUGUGGUGUUGAAAAUAACCGGACUCGCACGUGUGCAAUGGACGGAAAUGUACGGAACUGGCACAACGAUACAGUUCAGCGCUAAGGAAAACUUUCUGACCCACACAGAGGAGCUUGUUAGAUCAGACUCAGACGAUCCGAUCGAGCUGAUGCCGGGACGCCAAAUUUACAAGUUCACAUUGCAACUACCGGCCACGCUGCCCACCUCGUUCGAAGGUGACUAUGGUUACAACCGCUAUACGGCCCGGGUCGUCUUAGAACGACCAUGGAAAUUCGACCUCACGCACAAAAUCGCAUUCACGGUGGUGAACCAACUGAAUCUGAACGCCAUCUCGUCCCCACUGAAUGUGGCAGCGGUGCAGGAACACGUUAAACACUUCAAUUGCGGUCCCUGUCGCUCGAAACCACUGACCAUGAACGUGAUGCUACCGAUGACGGGUUUCGUACCGGGUCAGUUCAUUCUCGUCACGGUGAAUAUCGACAACGGCACUAAAAAGCGCAUUGCCGAUGUUAAGAUGAAGCUACGUCGCCAAGUGGAGUACCGCAGCGCAACCCCGUACGAGCAGGUAAAGUCCGUGUCCUGCACUUUGGCCAAAUUUCAGUGCAGCGGUGUCGAUGCUUACGGUUCGGCCGGAUACGAGAGGCGCUUUCUGGUCCCACCGGAAGCGCCAACACGCAGCGACACGAUCAUACGCAUCGAGUACUACGUCGAAGUAAUCGCAAAGGUACCUGGAAUGGUCUACAGUCCCUACGUGCGAAUUCCCGUCACAAUUGGGACCAUUCCUCUGUUAAACCUCAACCAAUCACAGUACAGGACAUCUUUCGUAACGGCUCCUCUCACGGCUGCAACGGGUAGCGAUCCAAAGAGCUUCCACAUCAGCCUGCAGUCGCUGCACAUUCCUCACACCUUUGAGAAAUCAGCGAUUCGGCUCGAUGGCACCAUCCCAAAUGGCAGCAUAUCACCCUCGCUUAGCUCGUCGUCCUUUAGUCCUCGCUAUCCGGUCUUUCGCUUCGAAUCAGACAAAAAUCUUGCAGCGCAUGGAGAACCGGCUGGAACACACGCCAGCCAAGAACAGCGUUGA